UUGAAGAGAUUGUGGAGGAAGUGCGGGCGGCCGUGGGGUGGGCGUGCAGGCUGGCCAAAGGGCGUGGCAGCGGGUGCGUCGUGCUCUCAGGAUGGUCAGCCGGCGCCCAUCUGGUAACUCAGGUUCUCUCGACAUGGCCGACAGCAAAGGCAGAGGAAACCGCUCUUGACCUCGUGAAGGGGGUUGUGACCUUCAGCGGCGUGUUUGACCUCCGGCCGCUUGUCGGGACGUACGUGAAUGACCCUCUGCGGCUGACGGAGUCGAGUGCGUGGACGCUGUCUCCCUUACGAGUGGUGGGUGACCUGAAAAAGACGUGGCCUUUUCUUCGCCUUCUAGUAACAGCAGGUCAACAUGACUCCCCAGAAUUCAAGCGGCAGUCUCUCCAGUACUCCCAGGUGUGUGGGGUAAGUGGCCUCCAAGCAGAGUACGUGGAGGUGGAGGCUGACCACUUCAAUAUCGUGGAGGACCUGUCGAAGGAGGACUUCUCGCUGACGCAGAGGGUCCUUGCCUUCUUC